UUCUACUUCUGUCUUGUAGCAUUCCAAUCUAAUGCGAACUCAACCACCCUUUCACAUCCUCCAUCUUUUUCUAUUCAUAAAUCACCAUUCUCUCCCUCGCUAUCAAUAUGGUUUCAACCAUUUCAAUGACCACUUCUCUACAAGUUCUACCUCCUCCAGCAGUUUCUGACUUCUGUUAAGAGUUUGGAAGAUUGAUUAUUAUGGCUAAACCAAAUAAUGCAAAACCUGGUUGUUUCUCUGACUUCUUUCAACUACUCUUUUGUGCUGAGGAUGGAAAUAGUUCUCCAAUGCACCCUUCUAACCACAUUACAAAACCAUAUGCAACAGAAGUAGUGCAUAGUCACAAAGAUGCAAUGGCCAAAAAUGCAACCAAACCAGGAGUGGUGGCAAGGCUAAUGGGGCUUGAUUCACUUCCAAGUACAAAAUUGGUGUCAAACACAAACAACACCCCAGAUUCAAUUCCAAGAAGUAGGUCAGUGAACUUUGUUGAUUACUUGCGCAAGUUUGACACAACAAGCCAAGCCAACCACCACCAAGUGAAAACAACCUCUGCAUCAUUCAGAGAGGUUCCUUCUUUGCUUCAGCACAAAAACAAAAACAAUGACCUUGUUGUUUUCUACUGGAAUAAUGAGAGUGAAGAUCAAGAAGUUGUGUCCUUUUUGAGGAAACAAGAAAUGGGGUUGGGAGAAUCUAGGCAGAGAAAGAAGCAGGGGAGCAAGAACAAGGAGAUUGUUUCUGUGACUAAGGAGAGGAGCCACACUAAGAGAAAGAAGAUUUCCAAGUUUGAGAAUGAGCCUAGAGUGGUUCUUCCUCUUAAGCAUAGUUCAAAGGUUCGAAAUCACCAUGAAACCAAAGUUUUGGCACCAGUUUCUGCAUGCUCUAAGAGUUGUAGUAAUAGCAGAAGAAAAUGUGGUAGUGGUCCUAGUGGGUUAAGACCAAGCUCAAAUUUGCCAAAUAAGCAGAAGAAAGUGUUCUCUGAACCAAAAUGCACGAAAAAAACAAAAAAACAACAGUCAACAAAGAAGAUAGAUACUGAAUGUAGCACAGAGAAUUUCAGUCCAAUUUCAGUCCUAGAUGACUAUGACUAUUCAUUUCUUUAUGGUCCUGAUUUUCCAGAUUACACAAACCCCGUAAUGCCAAAGAUAAAGUGGGAAUCUUCAGAGCAACUAUUCACGAGUGAUAAUGUUGGAGACAGAGCAAGCAAAAAUAAAGGCUAUUCCUACCCUGACAUCAACAAGAAAGAAGAGUAUUUAUCAGAAUUAAUGGUGAAGCUUCGCAACUUAACACAAAAUGAAAUGAGAGAAUCAGAUUUCACACCAAAGCGCAUGUGUGAGAGUGGAAGUUAUGAGGAAAUUUGUAUGGAGUAUGAGCAUAAAAUUUUUGACAUUUUACUAAACGAGGUUGUCAAUGAACUUGUGGAGCUUUCAUAUUGAGAAUUUUGUUAUGUUGAUGGGUAGGGAGUAUAAACAAAUAAAUUAAAUUGUUAUAUUUUCUAUG